AUCCAGGGAACCAGGCCUUAGCUCAAGAGGCUGUCAGGAGAGCAUCCACAUCAAGGCGUCCGCCAGCGCGCACAGGAGAAUCUAUCUUAAGUUGUCUCAACUGCAGUAGAAUCACAGCUUUAAGCGAAAAACUCAACUCACUGGAGGCAAAGGUUCAAUUGCUCACAGUACCAGAGAGCAUAUCACAUCGCCAUCUUCAAAGUAAAGGGGGAACUGCUCCAGAGACCUCGCUGCUGAUGGGAGCAGUCUCAGCUCAAGGAGCCCCUGGUGAGCGGGGACCUGCAGGUCCUCAGGGUGAAAAGGGCAGAGAUGGACUUCCUGGCAGAGAUGGAAAGCCAGGAACUCGAGGGCUGCCAGGUCCCAAUGGGGCUCCAGGAGAGGUUGGAGCAAGGGGUCCCCCUGGAGCUCCUGGAUUGAAGGGACCUCCAGGACCAGCAGGGCCCCGCGGUCCACCCGGACUCCCAGGAGAGAGAGGGCUGCCAGGGCCACCUGGGCCUCCAGGCCCACCAUCCCCAGCUAGCGCCCGCAUCCCAGAACCAGACCAUAAUCAUGGAAAAGAUCCCUUCUUCACCAACACUUUCCAUGACUCAAGAGGUUUGCCUGUUCCAGGACCUGAGGGUCCUCCCGGGCCUGUCGGUCCCCCAGGUCCCAGAGGCCCAGGAGGCCCUCCUGGCCCAUCAGGAAAGAAUGGGAGCCCUGGAACACCUGGGGCACCAGGCCCAGUCGGACCAAAAGGAGAUCGAGGGGAAAGAGGUCCUUCCGGUUAUCCAGGAGAAAGAGGCUUCAGAGGAGAGCCGGGAGCGCCAGGGCCAAAAGGAGAGCCAGGGGAGAAGGGCUUGCCGGGGGACGGCAUACAUCAGAUCAGAGAGGCCCUGAAGAUCUUAGCCGAGAGGGUUUUAAUCCUUGAGACUAUGAUCGGUAUUCAUGAACCUGAUCUAGGGUCUGGGGACGAACCGUUCGGCACAUCUUCCCCUAGUUUCUACAGAGAUAAGCGAGCAGGUGCACAUCCACAUCGACUUGCUUCUCCUCUGUUUCCUGACACCAACGCCCGAGGGAAGUAGCUCCCCUAUCCUUCACACCAACCCUGAGGAUCACAGACUGGGCCUUCCCCUCCAACAGGUCUCUCACCAGUAUUCAGCUCAUACAGACCUUAUCCAGUGGCCAGUCUGGGCUUUUAUCACAUGGAUAAAAACAGAGGACACCUCAGGGAAACUCAACUGAAGCUUCAUGACACCCUGCUACAUCAGCAACCUGAGAACUGAUUUGAUUUCCCUCUCAUACUGAAUCUUGUGUGUUUCAUUCUUUUUUUUAGCUACAGUAUAGAGCUAAAGACAAUGCGUCGGUAACAAUGCUUAAUCAGUUACAUCUUCAUUCUAGGUCAUCAUGGUAGGGAGACAAACUGUUCCAGACAACAGGGGUCAAUUUGAAGAAAUGAAAAGCGGAAAUAAUUCUUCUGCUUUCAUAAUAUGUUUGCAAACUGAAGGGGGUUAAUUAUUUAAGAACUAUGAUCUUGUACAGUCUUCAUUACAGAAUUAUAAACCUCCCUUCUCCUCUAGUAGUCGUUUUCUAAAAUUUCAUCUUAUUGUUUAACUCGGUGUUAUGUAGUGCACUAAACAGAUGAAGUCAUCUCUAUUCAAUGUGUUUUUAAUUAGUGAUUUGUAGUUUCUUGCUUUUUUUUUUUGUCCCCUGAAAUGUUUCGUGACUGAUUUGACAUAAAAUCUGCACAAACAUUGGCGUCUGUGUUACAUGGUGCUGCAGCCUGAAACUAAACGUGCUGAAAUGAAAACACGUUUUGCAGAUCCAGUUAUUCAAACUUGAACACUGUUGUGUUGUAUAACUGCUAAAACUGCUCUGAUGAAAAAAAAAUUAAAUACAUUUUUUUUUUUUCAUCUUAAAGUUAUUGUGAAACUAUUUAAAAAUGUAGUUUAUGUUGUUAGCUUU